AUGUUGGGCGCCACCGAAGACCUCGAGCAACUGGCUGAGACCUGUCUGGCCACGGCGAAAGUCAUCAAGGAUCAUCUUUCAAAAAAUGGCCACCCUCAGAUGAGCUUUGAUGAGAAUGGGCCACCAACAUUUCCAGAAGUCCCGCCGAACAUCCAGUACGCACGUCUCACCCUUAGGGAAUCCGCUCAGCGUCUGCUUGACCUUGUUGCUGGUCCUGAGGAGAAUGUCGGCUUCUACAGCUACUACAUUGUUCACGACUUGAAUGCGUUUCGCUACGUCCACAGAUACGGCAUUGCCUCAGCUAUUCCGUUCAACGACACCAUCACCUACAAUGACCUUGCACGAAAGUGCGACGUCGAUGCAGGCCAGUUGAAGCAGAUGCUGAGACAACUUAUGCAACUCAGAAUAUUUCGAGAGUCCGUCCCGGGACAGGUCGGCCAUACAGCUGCAUCGAAGCACCUAACUCAUCCAGGGGCAUUGUACUUCAAUCAGUAUUGCUCUAUUAACGCUUUUGACUAUGUUGCCAAACAGAUUGACGCCUUGGAGAGAUGGGGACAUGGAUCACAGGAGCCCAACCAGGCAGCUCUAAACUACGCCCACGACACAGACAAAUCUAUGUACGACUACUAUGAAGAGAAUGGGGAAGUUCGGGAGCGAUUCAGCAACCUCAUGACUUAUGUUUCCAAGAUGGACGCAAUGUCGAAUGCUUAUGUCGCAGCAGGCUUCGAUUGGGCAGCUCUGGGCGAAGUAACCAUUGUCGAUGUUGCUGGGAAUAUGGGGCAUUGCAGUGUCCCAAUCGCCAAAGCCAAUCCAAAAGCAAAGAUCAUCGUCCAAGAUCUGCCAAAUAUCAUAAAGCGCGCGAAAGAUCCGGAAACCUGUGUCGUACCUAAGGAGCUCCGUUCAAGGUUCGACUUUAUGGCUCACGACUUCUACGACCCACAGCCAGUCAAGGUUGAUGUCUUCUUCGUAAGGAUGAUCAUGCACGAUUACUCGGAUGAAUACUGCAUCAGAAUCUUGAAACCACUUGUGGCUGCAUUGAAGCCUGGUGGGAGGAUCAUGAUCAUGGACUCGAUCUUGCCUCCAGUUGGAGGCGCACCGGCACCAAUCGAGCGCUUCUUGCGAGCCCAAGAUCUCCAAAUGUUGGUGUUGACCAACGCCAAGGAGCGAGACUCUGAGCAGUGGAAUGAUUUGAUCAAGGCUACUGAUCCCGGACUAAAAAUCAACAGCGUUACUCUCCCACCCGGGAGUGCAAUGGCAAUGAUCGAGGUCAUUCUGGAGGCCAAAGCACAUGGCCAGGCCGCCAAAGUGCGAAGCAAUGGACGUGCCUGA